AUUCAAGAUGAUGAUAUGAUGUUUGUUGACGAUGUAUUCGACUAUCCUUUGGCUUAUUCUUUUUCUUUUUUUAAACAAUCAGAGAAAAAAAUAGUUGAAAUUUGGGAAUUAUAUGAUGAAUUUCAAGAUAAAGACCUUGGUGCACAACCUCUUGUCGGCUUAUCAAUAGUUUUUUUAUCCAAACCAAUGAAAGAAUUAUUAAUUCCAACCACUAUAUUACAGACAAAUGAUUUAAUAUAUUUAUUUUCAGCAACAGGUAAAAUAUCUAGUAAGAUACACUUAUCACCUGCUGCUAAAAAAUCAAUGCAAAAGAAAAAGGCUUAUGCAGAGAUUAUCAGAAUUGCACGCAAAGCAAUUAAUAUUGCUAUUGAAAAGGACAAUUCAUACAUUCUUAACCAAAAGACAAAUAUAUCUAAGGAAUAUUCUGAAUCAAAUAUCAUCUUUAAGGAUCUGUCUAUUAAAGUUUCCAAUCCUAUAAAAAAAACUAAAAGGGGCUGUCUACUGAAAAUAGCAUGCUAUCAAUUAUCUUUAGAAAGCUAA